CAAUACGACCACUGCCAUAACAGAAACACGAGCCUUCUUCCGUCGUGACAUGCCACCGGCGCCAUGGCCGACCCCUCGCUCCGUCCGGCAAGCCACCCAACUCCACGCCCUCCUCACAGCUUCCGGCCGUCUCCUCCACCAGCCCUCCGCCGCGCACCUCCUCAACUCGCUCGCCAACUGCAUUCAUCCUGCCGACCCGCUCCACCUCCGCUACGCGCUCAGCCUGUUCGACCGAAUGCCCAGCUCCACCUUCCUCUUCGACACCGCCCUCCGCGCUUGCUUCCGCGCCUCCUCUGACCCCGAACACCCGAUCCUCCUCUACCGCCGGAUGCGCCGCACGGGCGUCCCUCCCGACGCCUUCACGUUCCACUUCCUUUUCAAGUGCUGCGCCCGCGGCCACGCGCACGUCCUCCUGUGCCAGAUGCUGCAUGCCGCGUGCUUCCGAACAAUGCUUCCCUCGGCUCUGCCGCUCAUUGCUAGCUCCGUCAUCCACAUGUACGCUGAGCUUGGGCUCCCUCGUGAUGCCUGCCGGGCUUUCCACGAGAUUCCUAUCAAGGACUCGGUUGCCUGGACGAUGGUCACCUGUGGGCUGGCAAAGAUGGGGCUGCUCGAUGAUGCGCGGCGCCUUCUGGCGCAGGCUCCGGCGAGGAACGUGGUGUCGUGGACCGGUUUGAUUUCCGGGUACUCACGUGCUGGCCGGGCAGCUGAGGCCGUGGACUGCUUCAACAGGAUGCUUUCUGAUGGCAUUGCACCGGAUGAGGUUACCGUGAUUGGCGUACUCUCUGCAUGUGCGCAGCUCAAGGAUUUGGCUUUUGGACGCUCGUUGCACAUGCUGGUUGGGGAGAAGAGGAUGUUGAUGGGGGACAAGCUUGUGGUUGCGCUCAUCGACAUGUACGCUAAGUGUGGUGACAUUGGCCGUGCACGAGAGAUUUUUGAUACUUCAGGUAGGGGCCGAGGACCCCAGCCUUGGAAUGCUAUGAUUGAUGGGUACUGCAAACUAGGCCAGGUUGACGUUGCGCGAUCUUUGUUUGAUCAGAUGGGGGACCGUGAUCCCAUCACAUUUAACUCGUUGAUCACUGGGUACAUCCAUUGUGGUCAGCUUAGGGAAGCGAUGAUUCUGUUCGGGCAGAUGAGGAGACAUGGUUUGCGUGGUGAUAAUUUUACCAUGGUGAGCCUUCUAACUGCUUCAGCAAGCUUAGGUGCAUUGCCACAGGGCAGGGCCCUGCACGCUUGCAUCGAGCAGAGGCUGGUGGAAGCAGAUGUUUACCUCGGUACGGCACUCUUGGACAUGUACAUGAAGUGUGGGAGGGUACAAGAGGCGUCUGCUGUUUUCCAACGGAUGAGUAUGAGAGAUGGGCACACUUGGGGCGCCAUGAUUGGAGGUCUUGCAUUCAAUGGGAUGGGUAAGGCUGCUCUGGAGCACUUCUUCUGGAUGAAGUGUGAUGGCUUCCAUCCCAAUUCAGUCACAUACAUUGCUGUUCUGACUGCAUGUAGCCAUUCAUGUCUACUGGAAGAAGGUCGUCUCUACUUUGAUGAGAUGAGAUUGUUGUACAAUAUGCAUCCCCGAAUUGAGCACUAUGGCUGCAUGAUAGAUUUGCUGGGCCGCAGUGGACAUCUUGAUGAAGCUAUGGAUCUUGUGCGGACCAUGCCAAUGCAGCCAAAUGCUGUCAUAUGGGCCUCCAUCCUGAGUGCUUGCAGGGUUCACAAGGACGUUGACCUAGCACAGAAUGUUGCAGAUCAUCUUCUGAAGCUAGAGCCAGAUGAGGAUGCUGUCUAUGUUCAGAUGUACAACAUUUACAUCGAUUCUAGAGAGUGGGAAAAUGCAUCAAAAAUAAGGAGAUUGAUGGAAGACAGGGGUGUCAAGAAGACUGCAGGUUACAGCUCAAUUGCUGUGGCUGGGCAGGUACAUAAGUUUAUAGUUGGUGACCGAUCACAUCCACAGAUAAUGGAGAUCAUUGCAAUGAUGGAGGAGAUCACACAUAGGUUAAAGUCAGUGGGAUAUUCACCUAUCACGUCGCAGAUAACAGUUGAUGUUGAUGAGGAAGAGAAAGAACAGGCACUGCUGGCACACAGUGAAAAAUUGGCCAUUGCUUUUGGCCUCAUUAGUCUGGCACCAAACCUGCCGGUUCAUAUCAUAAAGAACCUCCGGGUCUGCGAGGACUGCCAUUCUGCAAUCAAGCUGAUUUCAAAGCUUUGGAACCGUGAAAUCAUUGUUAGAGACCGAAGUCGGUUCCAUCACUUCAGGAACGGAGCAUGUUCUUGCAAUGAUUUUUGGUGAUUUUUGUAUGGCGCUGAUCCUGGGGUUAAGCUUGAAGGAUGAGGAAACACUAAAAAUAAACUAUUUCAUAAAGCUUUGGAAUAGCUGUCUGGUCUUGAUUUCCAGUGGUCAAAGGAAAAAGGGUUGGUUGUUUCACAGUAUGAAUACCAAUUGACCCACUGGAUAUGUGCUCCUCUUCACACGGUAAUGCUCAUUACACACCCAUACUCCAGGUGGAGAUCCAAGUGAGGGAAGUGAAUGUUAUUCAUGGUUUUAUAGUGACUUCUUGCAGGCCAGCCCAGUGACUUCGAACCUAAGUGUGUGUGCGGGGGAACAGGCCUUCCCAUGGACUCCGGUGGCUUCUUUUCUGUGGCACUUCAGAGUUAUAAAAUGUAGACAAGUAGGUGGCGCAUCCGUGGCCCUGCAGCCGCGAUUUCAUCGUCCUCACUUAGCGAGGCAAAGUCAAAUUCCUUUUGCUGCCUCUACCGAGGUCAAGAAUUCACUUUUAUGGAGCUGCAAAGCACAUGGUGAAAAUGUGAAGGGAAAAGAGCUGCAGACAUGCUGAUAUAUAUUGGAAAAGAAAGAGUGAUAUCUAGGAGGAACUAGGCAUCGAUUUAAUUCAAUGUAGAGCUGAGGUCAAACCGAGGCUUGGUAAGCCAUCAUCUGUGGUGCUGCUAAUCAGAAGCCCCUGGGUGACUUCUCUAGAUGUUGGGAGAAUACAUCGAGCCACCAUUUUGCAGGUAUCAGACUGCUUUUACAAUUAUGCAGGCAAGAAAAAAAAUGCUGCGAGGAUUAAAGAAAUGACAUGUGGGCAAGAAGCCAAGAAGCGAAGGUUGGUGUCUAUAGGUUUAUCUGUUUGAGCCGUCUAAGUUUAGUCGUGCUUGAGAUGGAAAGCAUAUCAAUGCGAUAGUUGGUUACUCUCUUCAUCCUAGUGAUUUGGCAAGAAUCUGAUCCUUGCACCUCAUUAUUCUUCCUGCUGAUCUUUAUUUGUAUGAUGGAACAUGCCCAAUGCAAGUUGCCUUCCGUAUUGGUUUGGGUCUCGAAUCAGUGGUCUGAUCUGAACACUGUCACCUGCCAGCCGUAUCCUUGAUUGUUCCCACGGGUCUGAACCUUGAGCAGUGCUUCCAUGCUUGAGUAUGGAUGGGAACUUGACUUGCUUCUGUAUGCUUAUCUUCAGCCAUCUGUGUCGAUCUUGGCUUCACUGGCGUGUGGAGUUUCAGCUCUUAAUCUGGGUUCUGUGUUGUUGAUUCAGCUGCUUGCCUGAACGUUGCAGCGAACUGUUGUGUGCUGAACAUAUAGGGGUACUGAAGCAAAUGAGAAAAGUCAUUGCAGAUCUGAGUACAGGCACAAGCUACAUGAGCUUGGUAUAAUGUUACUGCAGUGCAGGGAAUGGAUGGAGCAUUUCGGUGUGGUGGGAUGGGGUGGUCUGGUACGGUACAGGAGAGCCGGUGCAGGAAGAUGCUGGCAUGAGCCUCUCCACUAGACCCCCUUUUGCAAUUUCUUUUGGCAUAAAUUCUUGUCUCCAAAGCUUAUAAUGCGCCCUUUGUAUUAUACUAUAAUUUAUCCUUCACCAGCAAUCUGGUUUCUAUUUUA